CGACUUGAGCUAUGGGACCCAUGGACCUGGUCGACUCCGAGCCAGCACCUGGCGUCCAAGAAGAAUUGAGUCGCUUCGGGAGGGUCCUCGACAGUUUUUCACGGCGCAUCCAAGCGGUGGAAAGGCGUUUGAUGCACACCGAAGGGUGCCAGCAGGCUCAGGAGUUGGAAAUCCACGAAAUGCGGCAUGUUGUGGACAAGGUGUCCAAGCAGGAGGGGCUCGCCAAAGAAGCAGAGCUAUCAGAGGGCCUUGUUCAGCUGAGGGAGCAGGUGCGUGCCCUCAUCGACUUCCUGGCUCAGGCACACGUUGGAGCGCGCGGCUUCACAGCUAGCGACGUGGAAGACAAGAAGGAGGGCGUAGAGAAUUCUGCGGAGAGUCUGCCGCCUGAUGGACCUCGGAUUGCCUGGCAGAAUGCUCAGUCUGGUGCAAAUCAACGCUUGCGACGGGUCUUCAGCCCUCCUUCAUUUAUCCCCGAGCCUGAAAAACCAGAAUCAAAGGAAGCUAAAGGAGCUGAUGAUCAAGGUCCAAAGAGCUCGAAGUCUGUGAGAGUUUGUCCUCCAGCCCCAAGCGAGAGUGAUGGGACGGAGAAAACAACUCCACAGGCUGCUGAAACGAUGAGGGCUAGCCGAGCUUCAGCACCUCCUGCGUCAGCGCAGAGGUCGGUGUCCUGUGGUGGAGGUGUACCAGGUGUGGGAACUGCCUACCAUUCCCUUGGUUCAAGACCGUGUGUCCGUGUGUUAAGUGGCCAGAUCUCUCCAGCACCACCGCACCUGAAUGGUGCGAGUACACCUGCACCUACGGGACCUACGCCGAAAGCUGUGGCCUUGAGCGGGCCAUACUUCAACGGUCUCGGGAUGGCACCUUCCCCGUCACAAAUGGUUCCCAUGAGAUGUCAACGACGCUCGAUGCCUGAGCAGACCGCGCAUUUGGCCCCGUCCUCGCACUCCAUGCAGGUGAGACCAACUCAAAUGGCACGGCCUUUGCCUUCAUUUGGAGUUCGACCUCACUACCAUGUGUAGAAGCGAUAGAGGUGGCCUUCACUUUGGCAGACUUUGGCAGGCAUUCCCAAGACGGGGAUGUUCCUCGGUGACUCUUGGAGUGGAGAUCUGCCCCUGUCUUGGGAUUUCUUGAUCCUUCGUGAAUCGUCAGUUGAGUCCCCAAAAUCACAGAGGGCAGAUCUGGAAUCACGGUGAUCGUCGGCUGCAGUCCACGCUCCAGCUGCUCAUGCGUGGCUCAUUUUUGGGCUG